CGUUUGGCUCACAACGGAUGGCUAAGACAGACAAAGUGCCACACUUCUCUAUCAGCGAAGGAAGAAGUUAAAGUCCAUCAGAGUUAGCCAAUCGAACCGAUGUUUUCGUCAUGACGUCCAACACCAGUACCAAUUUGACGGUAGUGGUCAGUUCGCAAAUCGAAUAUUAUGGCGAAUAUCUCGGUAUCUUUCGCAACAACUACACCGCAGUUCACGGAUACCUGAGUUUAAUCGUCUGCGUGUUUGGCAUAUCAGCCAACAUCCUCAACAUCGUGGUACUGACCAGGAAGAGCAUGAUAUCACCCACCAACGCCAUCCUGACGGGAUUGGCGGUGGCCGACAUGCUAGUCAUGUUCUCUUACCUGCCUUUCGCUAUACACAAUUACAUCAGGACCGAUCUACCCAAAGCCGAGAAGUACUCGUACGGGUGGGCGGUCUUCACUCUCUUUCAUGCCCACUUUACGGUGGUCUUUCACACCAUUUCCAUCUGGUUGACCGUCACGGUGGCCAUCUGGAGGUACAUGGCCGUCAGCUGUCCCGCUACCAAUUUGAACUGGGGCAGCAUGAUCCGAGCCAAGUAUGCCAUACUCAACAUUUACGUCAAUUGCGUAGUCUUCUGUAUACCCAUGUAUUUGACGUUCACCGUAAGAGAAAUCGAAGAAAAUCGCAUACUCAUUUAUAACGUUGACUUUAGCGAGAUUGCAAAGGAAAAGAACGGUCUCCUGCAGAAAGUCAAUUUCUGGAUCUUUAGCGUCUUGACCAAAUUAGUACCAUGCGUGGCACUCACGGGACUGAGUUUCGGACUCAUCAGAGUCCUUUAUCAAGCCGAUUUGAGGAAGCAAAGACUCAAAAACAGGGUCGAAAGCGAUAGAAGUUGCGAUCGAACCACGCGAAUGCUCUUGGUAGUUCUUCUCUUAUUUCUCCUCACCGAAUUCCCUUCGGGUAUACUAGCUCUCUUGAGUGGUAUCUUGGGAGAAAGUUUCUUCCAUCAGGUGUAUCUAAACUUUGGAGAAGUCAUGGAUAUUCUGGCACUCAUCAACAGCGCUAUCAACUUCAUCAUCUACUGUUCCAUGAGUCGCCAGUUCCGAGAUACUUUUGCUCAGCUCUUCAUGCCAAAGACCGUAUCUCAAUGGAAACCGUAUCCCACCGAUCCCAAUUCCACUUAUGCCACUACUUUUGUAUAAAUCUCGAAAAUUGAGAGAUGUCGAGGAAAGAAUACGUCCAAAACCUUCAACGAGUCGGCGAUGCGGGAUACUUGAUGGGAUCGUCGUAUAUAUAUAUAUAUCUCCCUCUCUGCCAAACGGACAGAGGUGUAUCAGUGCAGCCACUUGCACUCUUAUCGAAGAAGCGUACUCGUACCUGUUAACGAUGUAUCUGUCCUGCUAUUCGUACUAAUCUUAGUGUAUUAUUAAUAAUAUUCUAGUCGAAACGUCGCAAUAUAUAUAUUGUAGUACAGUAUAUAUGUAGAGGAAUGUCCAGCUUAUCCGAAGAAAGAUGUCGUUACGGAUGAUGCGAAUUUUUGUAAUUUAGAAAGGAAGAGAAACGAUUACAUUUUUAUAUAAAAAAAAGUAUAUAUAUAUAUAUAUAUUAUUUAAGGUAUAAAUUUAGAAAUAUUCAUCAAAAUUCUAAGGUUAUUUUUCCAUUAAAAAAUAGAAAUUAAAAUUAAUCUCCUUAGGAACACAGGGUAAAGGGGCGAGUUCGAAUUGGAUGACGAAUCUGCCAAAGGGAAUCAAUCACGUCCACUCGUCGUUCUCUAAUCAGAAAACGUAGAAAUAUUUUUAUUGUAUUAUCGGUAACCAGAAACGAUUUAAAGGCAGAAAUUCCAUUAUUAGGGAAGCUGCUUUGGGGCUCUUUUAAAUUUUUUCUGGUUACCACUUCGAUGUGAAAUAUUGCCUCGCUGUAUCGCUGUCAUGUUAUAUUACGUGCCUAAAUAUCAAGAGAA